AUGGGACCCCCUCAACACGAUCUCAGUUCCAGUCGGAAUGCCAACGCGUCCGCUGAUUCUUCUAACAAUGAAUCAGCCACUUCAUCCCCGGGUCCCGUGGACUCUCCUCUUCAUGAAAGCCCCGAUGCGCUAGAUCAACCUGCAGAAGAUAUUUUGCCUAGAGAUCAACAACCAAAAACUGCCACUUAUGACUACGCCUAUGAGAAGUCCAUGAGUCACGCUGAGGCAAGACUCUUCUAUCAACAUCAUCAGCUAGCCGCACGAAACGAUACCACCCUGCCUUCGAGUCCAGUGGUUCCAGCCCGAUCAGCAGUCGAAUCGCACCCCGAAGAACCAUUGGCCAAACUCCCGGAUCCGAUGAAUACUCAAGGCAAGGUCUCUCGCGAGGGAUCUAUGGUCUUUGAACCCGAACCUUCGACAAUCCGCCUGCAAUCCGCCAGUGAGCCCAAACCCUCUGCGUCUCAUUACAUCGAAGAUGACCCAGACGAGGCGGACCAUUCUGCCCGAAACCAGGCGGCGCUUCUAAGCGCUGUCCAUGGGCAGGCGCCAUACUCAGCGACAGAAAGUCUUCACAGCGCCCAUGUGGGGAUCGGAGGCCCUCAGGUUGCCAGUGGAUUUUCGUCUAGCAAUGAUGCUGUGACGUCUGAGCUGAACGCUAUUUACUGCAAAAUCAAGAAACUACUUGAUCGACGAUCCCAGUAUAUGGAACUUUCUUUGCAGGGACCCGGAGAUGAUCCUAAGAACCAAGCAGACUGGGAGAUCUACCCUCCGCCUCCGGAACCUGCGUGGGAUGAUGGCAAAGAAUAUCAACCCGGAAAUGUUGGUGGCCCAUCCGACCUUACAGGGAAGAAGCGGAAAAUGGGCCAAAACAUUGGGGAAGAUUUUGACAUGGAGGAAUUGAUGCCUCUACCCAAAGAAUCACCCUGGACAUAUAGGCUUGAUGGCAACAGCGUAUAUCAGGUCUUCGAUUCCGAGGCCGCUGCUGACCAGCAGACACCCAUUGUCCAAAUUCCCUCGUUGCGCGAUUUCUAUAUGGAUUUGGAUGCCGUCGUGGAUGUGUCAACCGAUGGACCUGCUAAGAGCUUUGCGUUCAAGCGGCUGUCGUACUUGGAGGGCAAAUUCCAACUGUAUACGCUGCUCAAUGAAUACCAGGAAAUCGCCGACAGCAAGAAGGUCCCUCAUAGAGAUUUCUACAACGUGCGUAAAGUAGAUACUCACGUUCAUCAUUCAGCAUGCAUGAACCAGAAACAUCUUCUUCGCUUCAUCAAGAGCAAGAUGAGAAAGUCUCCGGACGAAGUUGUCCUCUUCCGAGACGGAAAGCAUCUAACCUUGAGAGAGGUCUUUGAAAGUAUCAACUUGACUGCUUAUGACCUGAGCAUUGAUACUUUGGAUAUGCACGCACACACCGACUCUUUCCAUCGAUUCGACAAAUUCAAUUUGAAGUAUAAUCCGGUCGGAGAAUCCCGACUGCGUGAAAUUUUCCUCAAAACAGACAAUUACAUCCAAGGUCGCUACCUCGCAGAAAUUACAAAGGAAGUGAUCUCCGAUCUGGAAUCUAGCAAAUACCAAAUGGUAGAAUGGCGAAUCUCGAUCUACGGUCGUUCCCUUCAGGAAUGGGACAAGCUUGCAGCCUGGGUGGUGGACAACAAGUUGUUUUCGCCUAAUGUUCGCUGGCUCAUUCAGGUACCUCGUCUCUAUGAUAUCUACAAAUCAAGCGGCAUGAUGGAGAACUAUGAACAAGUUAUCACCAAUGUCUUCCAGCCGUUGUUUGAAGUGACCAAAGAUCCUUCUAGUCAUCCCAAACUCCAUAUCUUCCUCCAGCGAGUGAUUGGAUUCGACAGUGUGGAUGACGAAAGCAAGCCUGAACGCCGGUUGUACAAGAAGUAUCCCAUCCCCCGGGAGUGGAACACGAAGCAGAAUCCACCUUACACUUACUGGUUAUACUUCAUGUUCGCCAACAUCGCUUCCCUCAACAACUGGCGGAAACGCCGAGGAUUCAACACGUUUGUUCUGCGCCCUCAUUGUGGAGAAGCAGGCGACCCGGAUCACCUGGCUGUUGGCUUCCUCUGCUGCCAUAGCAUCAGUCAUGGUAUCUUACUGCGCAAGGUGCCCCUCCUGCAGUACCUUUACUAUCUGGAUCAGAUUGGCAUUGCCAUGUCGCCACUCAGUAACAAUGCUUUGUUCCUCACAUACGACAAGAACCCCUGCGCUACAUUCUUCAAGCGAGGACUCAAUGUGUCUUUGUCCACCGAUGAUCCAUUGCAGUUUGCAUUCACAAAGGAGCCUCUCAUCGAGGAAUACUCAGUCGCAGCGCAGAUCUACAAAUUCAGCGCAGUCGACAUGUGCGAGCUCGCCAAACACUCAGUUGACCAAAGCGGAUUUGAGCUCUCCCUUAAACAAAGAUGGCUGGGCUCAGAUUGUUCCACACCUGGAGUCGCUGGUAAUAAUGUUGCAAAGAGCAAUGUACCAGAUAUUCGUGAGGCAUUCCGAGAUGAGACUUUGCUUGGAGAAUUGUCUUUGAUUGAGCGAUACUCCGAGGGCAAUGGAACUGGAGGGCAGAAGAGCCUAUCUUCAGGCCCAUCAGGGGAAGCGGUAUCCUCAAACAAUGAUCACCACAAACCUAGCCUCGAGUCACAAUCUGAGCGACGACGUUCAAGUGCAGCUCAUACUACAGAUGCCUCACUCGGUGAGGCCCAUGGUACAAACCAGAUACCUGCCUCUCCAUCGACUCCAUCGGCAUACCUAGCUCGAUCCCCUCGCAUUGGAACGGUAGAGUUCCCGUCUCCCGGUAGUAGUAACCCUGCCCUUGGAACAGGAGUUGGGGGAGCAGACGCUCUGCCAGAGCAGAAGAUUUUCCCCGGCAUCGUUCAUGAGAGGGCCCGAAAGGGAACCAUGCAAUAG